GUGACUCGGCGGCCAUUUUGAUUUAUGCGUGAGUUGCGCAUGGCUAACAGAACCCCGCUGACCAAGUUUAAACGAAAGCUGCAAAAUUUCCAUAUUUUUCCGAUUUCCCACGUUGAUAUUCUGAACUUAGGGGCGUCUUACAUGAAAACCAAGUCUUAUUCGCGGCGAGAUUCAACCCGGACAAAAAUGACUGACUCUGUUUUUAAGAAGUCUGUGAGGAUAGCGUCUGUUGUUGCUUUGUAUUGGAUAAUCUCAAUAUCUAUGGUAUUUUUGAACAAGUACCUUCUAAGCAGUCCAGAUUUGAAGCUUGACGCACCCCUGUUUGUCACAUGGUUUCAGUGUGUUGUGUGCCUGGUCUGUUUGUUUCUUUUGAGUUUCCUUGGAGACAAGUAUCCGUGGAUUGACAAGUUUCCUGCUUUCAAUAUUGAUUUGAAGGUUGCAAGGGAGGUUCUUCCUCUCUCAGGUGUGUUUGUUGGAAUGAUUACAUUCAACAACUUGUGCCUUAAACACCUUGGUGUGUCAUUUUACAAUGUUGGAAGGUCACUAACAACAGUUUUCAAUGUGAUCUGUACCUUCCUAAUUCUUGGCCAAAAAACGUCUUUCAAAGCAAUGUUCUGUUGCGCCAUCAUCAUCGCAGGUUUCCUCAUGGGUGUUGAUCAGGAGGGAAGUGCAGGAGAACUGUCCUAUAUCGGUGUCGUGUUUGGUGUCUUGGCAAGCCUGUGUGUCUCACUCAAUGCUAUCUACACCAAGAAAGUCCUUCCUGUUGUCGACAGCAACAUCUGGCGGCUCCAACUCUACAACAAUUUCAACGCAGUUUUUCUAUUUCUACCUCUGAUGGUUAUCUGUGGUGAAGUACAGGCCAUCUAUGGUUUCCACAUGCUCACUUCAGCUUAUUUUUGGGGAAUGAUGUGCUUAGGUGGGCUCUUUGGAAUUGCUAUUGGAUAUGUAACUGGUCUGCAAAUCAAAGUGACAAGUCCAUUGACGCACAAUGUUAGUGGAACUGCCAAAGCUUGCGCGCAGACCAUCCUCUCUGUGACUGUCAAUCAAGAGAUAAAAACAGCGCUGUGGUGGAUUAGCAAUGUACUGGUGCUGGGUGGUUCAACUGCGUAUACUUUUGUUAAACAUCAGGAGAUGAAAACUGUGCAAAGCAAAGGUGAACAGACAACUAAGGGUGAUGGAAAUAGUAAUGGUAGUAGUAAAAAUGGAGGGAAUCCAGUAUAACUUUUUUUUGAUUAAAGUCACACGAACGACAUAAUAGGAAGUUUUUCCUUUCGUUAACAUAAAGAAAUUAGCUGGGUGGGUUAAAACAAGGCUUUAUCGAGGCCUCAUUGAGACCUUAUGUAACAUCUAGUCAUGAAAGAGGGUGAGGCGAAGGUGAAGGUGAGAGUUAGAACAUCAGUCUAGUCACAUGCAAAAGAAAAUAAAUAACCCGUCUUCACACCUUGAAAAUGUUAAAAGAAAAAACAACAAUACAAUAUUAUGUCUGCCAGAAGUAUAGGAUUUUGUCUAAGCUGUUUUCGUUGUAGUUUCAUCGAGUAUAUGGAAUGUGCAGGUACAAAAGACUGGUUUUGGGAACAAAUGUUGAAAAAGUUUCAGUCGAUUUUUGUUUUGGGUAAUUUUAAGGAACAAAUAACUAUAGUAAGUUGUAAGUUAAAGUUGUAUCAUCCACAUAUGGAUAGCUUGUUGACAAUUAAAUUCAACUGAGUGAUGUAAAUUCUGUGUGAAUAAAAUAGAAACCUCUCA